GUCAGGAAAGUGUUCUUCACAGACUGUGUGUGUUGUGUGUCUAAAGGCCCUGAGAGAGAGCAUCAGGGAGGGAGAGAUCAGAGGAAUGGAGGAGAUUUUGAGAGAGCAAGAGAUGGAGAUCCUGAGAUGCAGAGAGAGACGCAACCAGCUGAAAAGAGAGGUGCAGAAGAUGAAGGAGAAAAUAGCAGAGGAGGAGAGGAAUCAUCUGGACGCUGAGGGAGAAAGGCUGCUCCUCCUGAAAGAGAGAGAGAUGGAGGGUUUGAGAAGGAGAGAGAGAGAGGAGGCUCUGAAAAGAGAGAGAGAGAAAAUAAAGGAAAAAAUGGCUUUCAAGGAGGAGAAGUUCAGCGUGCUGAGAGAAACAGAGAGAAAGAGGGAGAAUCUGGAAGCCAGACAGACAGAGGAAGAAAGGAACCAGGAGGGAGAAGAGCUGAUGAUUCUGCGAGAGAGACAGAGAAAGACGGAAAGAGAGAAAGAGAGAGAGGAAGAGUUAAAGAGAGUGCAGCAUGAGUGUGAACAAAAGGAGAGGGAGCAAAUGAAGAAAAGAAAGAGGGAAGAAGAGAUGAAAAGAGAGAAAGAAAAGCUGGAAGAACUGGAGGAGUCGUGCAGAAAGAUGGAGAGAGAGAUGGAGAUGGUGAGAAAGGCGGCGAAAGAGAGAGAACUGGCCGUGCUGAAAGAAAUGGAGAGAAAGAGAGAGAGAGAAAGAGGAGAGAUGGAGAGAGAGCUGAUGGAGAGGCAGAUACGAAUGGAAAAGGAGGUGCAGGAGCGAGUGAGAGAAACAGAGAUGGAAAGAGAGAAACAGAAAGAGUUUGAGAGAGAGAGAAAGGAUCAACAGAUGGAGGUGGAAGAGAGACUGAGAGAGAUGGAGAGAAAGAUGGAGGAGGAAAAUGAACUGACUCUGAGAAGAGAGGAGGAGAAAUGGAGAGAAAGAAUGGAAAAACUUGAGGAAGAGUGGCAGCACAGAUGUCAGGAGAUGGACAGAAAGAAAGAGGAAGAAAUGUGCCUUACGAAAGAGAAAGCCCAAGAGAUGGAGAGACUGAUGUCUGAAGAAAGAGAAAAGGAGAAGACAGAGAAUGAAAAACAGAGGGAGUUCGAAAAGCUGGAGAAAGAGAGAGCAGAAAAGGAAAGAAUGGAGGAGGAGAAAUGCAUGAAAACCCAGAUGGAGGAGCAGCGAAAGGCUGAACGAGAGAAACAGCAGAAAGAGUGGAGAGAGGCGGAGAGCAGGAGAGAAAGUGAGAGAAAGAAAGAAGAAGAAAAAGCAAUGGACAUGGAUAAAGAAAAGGAAGAAAAAGAAACAGACAAGCUGGAGAAAAAGCUUGAAGAAAGGAAGAUGGAAAAGCGGAGAAAGCUGAAGGAGAAACAAGAGAAGCUGGAGAGAGAGAAAAGGAUGAUAGCAGAAAAGAAGAAAGAGAAGGAAGAAAAGAUGAGAGAGAUGAAAAGACAGCUGGAGGAGAAGAGAGAAAAGGAUGAAAAUAGAAAGAAGAGAGAAUGUAAAGCAGCAGAGCUGGAGUUUACUUUUAAUCUCAGAGAUGAGGAGAGAACAUUUAAGAAAGAGGAGGAGGAAAGAGAGAAAGAGAUGGAGAGAGAGGUGGAGGAAGGAGAGAAAGAGAUGGAGAGAGAAUUGGAGGAAAGAAAGACAGAGAUGGAGAAAGAGAGAAAGAAGACUGAACAAAUGAGGAGAGAGAAGGAAGAACAUGUAAGGGACGUGUUGAGACGCCUGGAAGAAGAGAGAGAAACAACAAACCUGAAACAUGAGGAAAUCAGGAAAGACCAAGAAAUGGAGAAGGAGAGAGAGGAGGAGAAAGAGAGGAAGGGGCAGGGAGACGCCACCUGCAGGAACAGCUGGGGAGAAGAAGAUAAGGAUGAAGGAGAUACAGGGAUGGAAAGAACGACAGAGGGCAAUAAAGAAAAACAGGCUGAUACGGAACAAGAACAAGUUCUAGAUAUGGAGAUGCAGAGAGAGAUGGAGAAGGAGGAAACAGAGGAGCAGAGAGAGAAGGAGGGACAACAGAAAGAGAGCAGCGAGAGAGAGCUGGAGAUCGAGAGAAUAAAGGAGGCGAGGCGUCAACACAUGGAGAAAGAAAUGAAGAGGAAAAAAGAACUGAUGAAGAAACUCUUUUCUCCAGGAGUGAAUAUGUUCAGGCCAGAGAACCAGGUUCAGCGCAGAGGUUUGGGAGGAAAACGGAGGAACCUGAAGGAGGCCUCAAACAAGGAGGAGGAGCAGGCUGAGCUUGAAGGACAAGAGGACCCUCAGAGAUAUAGCUGGCCUGUUUCUCCAAACGGAGGACCACUGGUCAUCUCCAUAAAACCCUGCAACCCAAUCCUGGAGGAGCCUGAACUAUCUGAACCCUCCCCAACUGACCCCCCCACUGACCCCCACACAGAGGACACUGUGGGUGGAGAUAAAGGCUCUGUGGUGGAGGAAGCCGUCCUCAAGCCUGAGGGUUUCAUUGAGUCACAAUCAAAAGAGGCUCUCAAUGAAGCAACGGAAAAGGCUUCACCCACCGAGACUGACCACCCAAAAGAUGGACCCACAUCCCCUGAGACGAUGGAUGAGGCCGACCAUGAUGCUGGAACUGGGAAACAGGCCGAGAACAAGAACCAGUGGAUGAGUAUCUUUGGCUGGAUUAACCAGAAGGUCAAAGAGAAACACGAGAAGUCCAUCGAGAAGAGCUUCAAGAGGGAGGCGGAAUAUGGACACAAGCAUAUUGGUAAGUUUCAGCAAGUUAUUCUAUAUACUUCACUGUAGAACCUCGUAUGAUCAGAUAAAGCCGUCCUAGAGAAUAGAUUUCAACCAAAUAUCAGUGUUCAUGUUUAAUAUCAGCACAAGCUUAAAAGUCUUGAGUUAUUCUUGCCAUUUUGCUGCACCUUUGAUUUGGAUUUAUUAUUUGUGUGCAUUUAAAUAAUAAUAGUUACACAGGCAGUUUUGUAAUGAAUUCCAAUUAGAUUCAUGUUGCAUAUCUACAAUUUUUACUCAGCAUUUCUGACAUUUAUCAGUUUGUUUUGAUAUCAAAAAAUGACAGAAAACUGGCAAAUAUGUAAAUAAAUGUUUUAUCUUCCCACAAAAUAAGAAUGUACACACGACAGUAACGUUUCCUCAGCGUGAGACAGGUUAACGUAUGAAAAUGUGGCUGCAAUUCAGUACUUUUUUUAACAUGCUCUCACCUGAAUCCACUCGCCAGUCGGAUGUGCGUCACUCCCAUGUUACACAGGUGUCCACUGGCGACAGAACGGUGAGGAGAACGUUACUCAAAUGGAAAGCACGCCCCCUCAGCUGGGUUAGCUUCAGUGAGCUGAUCGGUUAGCCAUGCUAAAUGUUUUUUUGAGAAGGGAACAUAAUAUAUAUAAGAUUUAUUUUCCCAGGGUCUUAUAUUUCCUCACUGAAAUUUUAUAUGGAAAUAGAGCUAUGUUUUCUGUGUUGCCUCAAUCAUUUCUUCAACACAAAUAUAAAAGUAACCUCUGUACUUGUGGUGUAUUUACAAAUAUACACAAUAUGAUGUUAAAUGUUCAGCAAAAAAAAAAAUCGAAAUUAGUUAUUUAUGUACAUUCUGCUUCUAAAUAGAUUCACUUAUUAAAGCAUGCUCUGACUGAACUUUACUAAACAUUACCAAAGUUAGUAUUCGUGCUAACAAUGGAAUCUUUGAGCUCAUCCUCAACAUCUACCAUCCAUUUCAGUGUUGUUUUUAACAUGCUCUUAGUAACUUGCCCUCACCAUUUCCUUUCAUACCAUAUCAAAUUUUUACUGACUUCUCGUCAAGUUGUGCUGCUGAAAUGAACGUUUGUGUUCACUCGAUCCCUCGCUCUUCCGAGGGCUCACUAAUAAACUUCACUUGAGCUAAUAAAGUAAUGAACGGGUCUUAAGCUGACACCAGGGAUUCCUUCAAAGGGUAGAUGACAAGGACGAGUGGACGAGGGCUGGUUAAAACCGGUAUUGAAACAGGUGGCGUGUCUUUAAAAGAGAGAGUAGAGGUUCUGUAUUACUAUCAACUCUUCCUCUCCAAACAGGAUGUCCUCACGGAGUGAUCAUAAUGGCACAGUAUGAGCAGGCCAAAAGGGAGAGAGUGCAGAUGAAGGAGAAGAGGAGGCAGGCACUGGAGGCCAGAUUAAGAGGAUGGGCGGAGAACAGGGCUGAGAAGAAAGCUAGGAAAGAGGAGAAGAAAAAGGAAGAGAAAAAAGAGAUGAUGGCACCGAGAAGACCCCUUGCUAUGCGCUUCGCCCGGUAGACUUUAAGGUAACAUAUUUCUACAUCAUAAAGUUCAAAAUAUUUGAAGCCAAAUGAUAUAAAUUUAAAAUGAUUUCAUUCAGUGAAAACAUCUUAUCACCUGAAGAGUCUUCGCUAAUGAGAGAUGACAUCACCAUUUCCUAGGUUAAAAAGGUGACUUUCACGAAGAAAAAUUGCCAAGCUUAUUUGUUCAUAUCUUUUUUUAAUACACGCUGGGUUAGCAUGAAAACUAAAAGCUAUUGCACAGUGCUUUGUAAAUAGUAUCAUCUAUAGGAAUAUUAGCUUAGCCUAUUCUAGCUAAUAUUGGCUACACUCGUUUGCCUUCAUUUGCACGCUGUACUACUAACAUAUACAACUCCCCCACGAAAAGUCAUCCGCCAUGCAUCAAGAAAAAAUUACAUCAUAUAAGCUUAACAAUCAUAUUGAAGUAGUUCACAUAAUAGCAAAACAGAGUCAGAGUGCUCGCUCUUUUAGCAAAUGCCUGUAAGCCUUAGCUCUCUGAGUGUGACUAUUGCCGUUUUUAGACUAUUUUUUACAUCAUCUAUAAAGCUUUGACACAUUUUAUUUUGGUAGGUAUGAAGAUAGAGAGUCGAAGUUCGGGUUAAAUUACAGUGAAGUCAUAAGAAAGUGAUGUAAAUACUAAGAAGUUUAAAUAUUAAGAAAAUAUCCAAUAAGUUAUUUUUUAUUGAAAUUGUUUUAGAUGCACUCAUCAAACUGUACUUCUGAUUGACUGUCAGAAUUGGAAAAAACUGUGGAAGAACUGAAGCAGCACAAACGAGGCCAAGACUGGGAGACUUAUGGAAGCCCUUAUGACAAAUGCAUUACAUUUCAACGAUAUGCAGAUGGUAAACCCACACACAGGUCCAUUUCAAAUUACACUAAAAUGCACCUAUUCCACUCAAACAGCAGACACGUUUUCCUUAAUGUACAUUUCUAUUAUGUCCUGCACCCAAACUAAUUAGAUGUUCUUUGGAAGCUAAGAAGUUUCCAUUCAGUUAACUGCAUCACAUCACAAACUGGACUACUGAAAAGUAGUCAAGGCAGGUGAUUCAAUUCUAAAGUUUCUGGUUUUAAAAUGUCGUGUUUCUUUCUCAUCUUUCAGCUCACACCACUAACCUCAGCACCUCCUCAGCAGUAACACCACUGAUCUCUGCACCUCCCAGCAGAACUGCCACUGAUCUCUGCACCACUGACCUUGGCAUCUCCUCCAGUGAAAAGAACACUGACCUUAACAUCUCCUCCAGUGCUAAGGACACUGACCUCAGCAAUUCCUCCAGCAGUAACACCACUUAUUUUUUCAUCUCCUCUAGCAGUAAAACCACUGACCUCUGCAGCUCCUCCAGUAGCAAAACCACUGACCUCUACACUUCCUCCAGCGAUAACAGCAUUGACCUCCACAGCUCCUCCUCUAGUGGUUGCACCAUUGACCUCUACAUCUCCUCCAGCGGUAACAUCACUGACCUCUACACCUCUUCCAGUGGUAACACCACUGACCUCUGCAGCUCCUCUAGAAGUAACAUCACUGACCU